GGCCUGCGGCAAUAGCUCCACUCGCCAGUACCCACUCCCCACCUCACGGACAACACGUCUUGUCACAAAAACCAUGUCGACCACCCACCUUGUUGUGCUCCUCGGCGUCCUCCUGUUGGCCGGCGCAUCGAGCUCGCAGCCCACCUCUGGCGACCAAGCCACCCUCCUAGCUAUCAAGACCCAGUGGGGAAACCCCAUGCAGCUUGCGUCGUGGGACCCUAUCUCCAACGCCGACCACUGUGACUGGACCGGCGUGGUCUGCGGUGGCGACGACGGACGUGCGGUGAUAGGGAUAUCAUUGCCGAAUCUAAACAUCACUGGCAAGGUGCCAGAGUCGGUGUGCGACCUACCGAGCCUCGCCCACCUCGACCUCUCCUACAACAAUCUUACCAGCGGCUUCCCCGGCGUCCCGCUCUACGCCUGCUUCCACCUCCGCUUCCUCGACCUCUCCAACAACUACUUCCAUGGAGUCCUUCCGGAUGACAUCAGCCGACUGUCGCCGGCGUUGGAGCACCUCAACCUGUCGGGCAAUCACUUCCAAGGCAUGGUGCCGACUGCCGUGGCCGGGCUAUCAGCGCUGAGGUCGCUGGUACUUGACACUAACCAGUUCACCGGGGCGUACCCAGCUGCCGAGAUAAGCAAGCUCACGGGGCUCGAGCAGCUCACGCUUGCCUCGAACCCGUUCACGCCGGCGCCAGCGCCACUAGAGUUUGCCAAACUGACCAACUUGAGCUACCUCUGGAUGUCUGACAUGAACAUGACCGGCGAGAUCCCGAAGGCUUAUUCGAGCCUCGUGAACCUCCAACUGAUCGCUAUGACGGAUAACAAGCUCGCCGGCCAGAUCCCGGCGUGGAUAUGGCAGCACCCAAAACUCGAGUUCUUGUACCUGCUCAACAAUGGACUCACCGGUAAACUGCCGCGCAAAGUGACGUCAGUGAAUUUGAUAGAGAUUGAUGUGUCGUCGAACAACCUUACUGGAGAAAUACCGGAAGACUUUGGUAACCUCAAGAACCUGAGCCUAUUGUUCAUGUAUGCCAACCAGCUCACGGCCACCAUUCCAGCAAGCAUAGCGAUGCUCCCCAAUCUCAGGGACAUCAGGCUAUUUGAAAACAAGCUCUCCGGUGAGAUACCACGGGAGCUCCGGAAGCACUCGCCCCUAGGCAUCCUCGAGGUCUGCAACAACAACCUCUCUGGUCCACUCCCGGAAUCACUUUGCGCCAACGGGAAGCUCUAUGACCUCGUCGUCUUCGACAACAGCUUGUCCGGCGAGCUCCCGGAGAACCUCGGCGACUGUGUCCUGCUGAACAACAUAAUGCUCUACAACAACUGCUUCUCCGGAGAGUUCCCGGCGAAGAUAUGGUCAUUACCCAAGUUGACCACUGUGAUGAUACAGAAUAAUGGUUUUACCGGGACUUUACCGGACAAAAUGUCACGGAUUGAGAUGGGGAACAACAAGUUCUCUGGGUCCUUGCCAACAUCGGCAACCGGGCUGUAUGUGUUCAAGGCGGAGAACAACAGGUUAUCUGGCGCAAUUCCAUUUGACAGCCUCGCAUUGCUUCCAUCGCUGAGGUUCCUUGAUUUAUCUAGGAAUGAAUUCACCGGUGGCAUACCGACAUCAAUCAGUUUGUUGAAGAGGCUCAGUAAUCUCUACCUAAGCAGCAACAAGUUGUCUGGCGCAAUUCCAUUUGACAGCCUCGCGUUGCUUCCAUCGCUGACGCACCUUGAUUUUUCCAACAAUGAAUUCACCGGUGGCUUAUCUUAGGAAUAAGUCGCUUGUCCUAUAUAUAUAGAGAGAUAGAGAAAAAGGGAAUAGGUACCAUGGGAACGAACGAUAUGAUUUUUCUAUCUAUCUUCUAAUAAAGUGUAGUAUAUAAAGCAAACAAGGAAAUGUAGAACCGUGCGUGAGCUAUUAAUUGCAGCUCAAGAUAUUGUCUUUGUAAAACAGAUCACCCCAGAGUGUACUCAUCCGUCAAAAUUGCAUGGCAAUCUAAUUCUAUUUCUCGCCCCAGAGUGUUU